CCCGCCCUGAUUUGAACUAGGAUUUCUGUCGGCCGAUGACAGCACAGCAAGACGAACCGGCUGACACUUGACCAGAGAGGAGCAGGAGUGACCCAGACAGCCGGGAGCGAAGCGGCUGAGGACAAGUUGUGUUCACAUUUUUGUUUAUUCCAGUCGACUUUGUAUUAUUAUUUUUUAAAUUGAAGAGUACAGAGGUGAAAUGGCUGCGCUAUAUGCGUGCACGAAGUGUAACCAAAGAUGCCCGUUCGAGGCGCUAUCUCAGGGGCAGCAGCUGUGCAAGGAAUGCCGAAUUGCACAUCCUAUGGUUAAGUGCACUUACUGCAGGACAGAGUUUCAGCAGGAAAGUAAAACCAACACCAUCUGUAAGAAAUGUGCACAGAAUGUGAAAUUAUAUGGCACACCCAAACCCUGUCAGUACUGUAACAUAAUCGCCACGUUCAUCGGUAACAAAUGCCAGCGCUGCACGAACUCGGAGAAGAAGCACGGCCCCCCGCACACGUGUGAGCAGUGCAAACAGCACUGCGCCUUCGACAGGAAGGACGACAGGAAGAAGGUGGAUGGGAAGCUCCUGUGCUGGCUCUGCACCCUCUCCUACAAGCGGGUCCUGCAGAAGACCAAAGAGCAGCGCAAGCACCUGAGCUCCUCCUCUCAUACAGCCCUGCAGGAGAAGGAGCAGCUCACCUGGCUCAGUGAUGCCAGCCACUACAACAGUCAGAAGACUUUGUCCACCUCGUCCAUUCAGAAUGAAAUUCCAAAGAAAAAGCCCAAGUUUGACGCCGUCAUAGCCAAUGGGGACAGCUUCUCCCCGGACCUGGCCCUGGACUCUCCCGGCACAGACCACUUCGUCAUCAUGUCCCAGCUGAAGGAGGAGGUGGCCACGCUCAAGAAGAUGCUGCACCAGAAGGACCAGCUCAUCCUGGAGAAGGAGAAGAAGAUCACGGAACUGAAGGCUGAAUUCCAGUACCAGGAGAAUCAGAUGAGGUCCAAGAUGAACCAGAUGGAGAAAAUGCACAAGGAGGUUGUGGAGCAACAGCAGACCCGCAACAGGGAGCUCAUGAAGCAGGUGGCCGCCCUGUCGAAAGGGAAAAAGCCAGAGAAAGCAGGAGCAAUGACAUCACCCUGAGACAGACUGACAGGACAGCUCAGCUCUCCACCACAAGAUGGCAAGGCUGGUGCUGCACAGUCACUAUGGUAACACACGCACACACACAACUUUCUGUACAGCUAUCACCGCACAUGGACAC